AUGCAAAAAGGGAACAACAACGUGCCAAAAACAAAUGGUGGUCUUCUUCGGUUCUUGGAAUGGGCCAAUCUACAAUAUGUGACGAGUGCGUCGUUUAUUAUAACGGCUUAUUCCGAUUUUCUUAACAUCACAAAGUCCACAAUCCAGUGCAACAAUGGAAUUGUGCAGCCUCAGGAGUUAAUAGCUUUUGCUAAAUCUCAGGUGGACUACAUAUUGGGCUCCAAUCCGAAGCAAAUGAGCUACAUGGUCGGGUUUGGGCCCAACUACCCGAAACAGGUCCAUCACAGAGAAGCAUCCAUAGUGUCCAUCAAGCAAGACCCAAAUCCAGUAGGCUGCCAAGAUGGAUUUAACGAGUGGUUCAACAAAAAAUCAGAAAACCCGAAUGUGGUAGUCGGGUCAAUAGUUGGUGGGCCCAAUCAAGGGGAUGAGUAUAGGGAUGAGAGGGAUAAUUAUCAGCAAGCAGAGCCUGCAACUGCGAAUAAUGCUCCUCUGGUUGGUGUUUUGGCAAGGCUUGCUAAUUGA